AUGUUGCGACGCAAGGGCAUAGUGUCCCAAGGAAUCGGGAGGCCCAGUUUUCCGCAUGCUGCUCUCACCACCCGCUGGAAUAUGGGGACUGACCAGGGCUAUAUGCAUGAUCCUUCCGCCCAUGGAUUUGCACAAAGGUUCUCCGCACAAAACAGGAAGUUAUCGGAACUGCCGCAGUUUGAUCCUGCAUGCCGCUCUAGUCUGUGUACCAACUUGCCAGAUGUUACACAUCGUUGCGCAACCGGAAAUGCAUCAUUUGAUUUGCUGAACGGAUUUCCAACUUCCUUGUAUCAUCAACCUGUGGAUUUCAGCUUGGACAAUUCAAUGGUCAAAGGAGUUACAAAGACAGCAACAACAACCGCAACCUGCCUUCAGCCCUGGUCGGGGGUUCAUCUGCCACAUAAGAUUCGGUCUUCCUCAUGUUCACAAAGCCAAUCCCGCAUUUUCUCCGUUUUCCCCAACAAAACGCCGCAUGCGGAAAACGUGGACACACUGUGCAUGCGUGGAACAGGGUUUUAUCAGCCACAAAGUAUUCACCACUGUGCGGCCAACAGUCGACUGUGCAGUGACGCUUCGGUUGGUGGGGUUUCUUGUUUGAGUUCUGGUCUGUCCGCAAGAAUGGCGGCACCGAUUAGUCCGUUCGUGAAGUAUAUGAACUAUAUGCGUCAUCACUCGACGAGAGCUAGCCCCGUUACAGUACAAUGGUUGCUUGACAACUACGAGUCUGCAGACGGAGUCAGCCUUUCUCGAAGUGCAUUGUACUCACACUACCUAAGCCAUUGUCUGGAAAACUGGCUGGAGCCGAUGAACCCCGCCUCGUUUGGUAAACUUAUUCGAUCGAUUUUCGUCGGGUUACGGACAAGGAGGCUUGGAACCAGGGGAAAUUCCAAGUACCACUAUUACGGGAUUCGAAUGAAAAGUAACUCCUCCUUGAAUCAGGUCACCGGUGAAACAAGAAGCCAGUUGGGCCAAAAGAAAGAAGGUCCUUAUUCUGGUGGCCGCGCCUGUCCAUCUAUUGGCACAUCAUCCGCCAAGUCUGAAGAAUACAAGUCUGGAACGAAUUCACUCGGAAUUCCUAACGGAGUUUCACGACAAACGUUUGGAGAACGACAAAGUUUGUCCCUUGGAAUGAACUAUGGUUCACGUUCUCUAGGCUCAGCAGGAACCUGCAUUCAUCGAUCAAACUCGGAACAGCGACUGAGUGAUUUGACAAAUGCUGGCAGUAUAAACCAUAAUGUCAACCAACCCUGGCGUGGAUGGGAUAGCAAUUCACGUUCGAUGCAACCUCGGAAUAGCAUGAGAGCGAACAGCCAGAGUAGUUUAACCGGUCCCAUGUGUGUUGGUCCAUCCGUACACCGUAGUACAAGCUGCCGUGGCACACGUCCUCUCGACGUCCGCGGUACAAACGCAUCCAGGAACACCACAAGUUUAGAAUCAGAAACUUUACCAAUGAAUAUCCCAUCGGGUUCUGGACCGUUUGUAUCCAACUGCCCACUGACAAAGACACCUCGUCCGUUAAACACAGGAUCGGAAAGGACCUAUUUCGGUUCAUCUCCUCAUGCGAAGUUCCGCAUUCCGGACCUGAUGGGACUAUGUCAGAUGGCCAAACUAACUAUUACAGAAGCAGAUUUGUUCUCUUGCAACAUCAAAACCGAACCUUACGAAUACGAACCGGAUCUGAGAAACACAACGCAUCCAGUUGUAACGUCCAAAACUGUGGCACAAUUUGUCAAACUGUAUGAAUCGCACUAUUUAUUCUCUUGCAACAUCAAAACCGAACCUUACGAAUACGAACCGGAUCUGAGAAACACAACGCAUCCAGUUGUAACGUCCAAAACUGUGGCACAAUUUGUCAAACUGUAUGAAUCGCACUGUGAGAAAAUUUACUCCUGCAUAUUGAAUCUACGAAUUGAAGGAAUACGCACCUGCUGGCAGCAAUUUUGGCGCUCAGCUGAAGGACAGAUUGUGACAGAUACAUUCAUUUUCAAACAGACUUGGUUUUCACGGGAGAUUCAACUGAUUCCUGCUUGUAAUGGCUUGAAUCACCUAAGUACGCCACACCAGGCCGCUUCAUUUUUCAGUUCUAACCAACUGCCAAAAGAACAGAUGAUCACGUUGUGCGAAGACAGCAGAGUUUGUCAUUUUAUGGAACUCGCAGACCGUACACUGUAUCAGUCACUUCUUGAGUUGAUCAUAAAUGACAGCCUAAAAGCAAUGUCAAUGAAUAUGAUUCAUGGAAUUCGGACGCUCAUCAAACUGAUGGAAGUGAGUAGACUCUGUGGAUUUUUUCAAAACUUUUGUUGUCAAGCUUUGUCUUACUUGAAAAAGAUCAGUUUACUUCCACAAAAUAUUUAA